GUCGUCGCAUUAUUGAAGCGUGUUUCACGUCUCUGCAUUUCAUUCUCGCUGUUCGCGGUGAUGUCGAUUAACAAGUAAUCCUUCAAAAUACCGCUUCUUCUUCGUUAACGUGAACGUUUGUUCGGUUACCUUUGUCGCGACAUUUUCUCCUCUGAAUUAUUUAUAAUUUAUUUAACAUUUCAGCUUUCGCCAUCACACGGGCACCUCCAAUGCUGCGUGGAGCAAAGACAUCUGCACCGCGUAAACAAAGGUACUGUUGGUCAGACACGAACUAUAUCAAGCACAUUGGCUCUAAAAAUAGUGUUAAUGACGGUUUUACACGCUGUGUUAUUGUGAUUAAUAAUCUAUAUCACAUUUAUGAUGUCGCCUGACACGUUUGACAGAUUGUUGUCAAGCUGACGUCAUCAUUCAGUAGGAGGAUUUUUACAUGGGCUGUUGCGGAUCUCGUAAAAUACAGUCUACAGUCUGCUGUAGAUAUAAUCCAAUAAAUUUAUAGUGGAUUCAGACACUUGCCACACCCACACAAAUUCCCAUAGAGCCAUGAGCUCACACAAGAGACCUGUUCGGCCUAGGACGGAUUCUGAUGCCAGUUCCUCCUCCUCGACCCGCGACUCGACCGGACCAUGUCAGGAGGAUGGCGCCAGUCUCCUGACCAAACUGAUGGAGUUGCCUGUGACCCACAUGUCCCGACAGCAGCUGAAAAGGUUGGAGGAGCAUCGGUACAGAAGUGCUGGAUGCUCCCUCCUGGAGCCCUUCAUGCAAGCAUACUGGUGCUGGCUGGUCAGUAAAGUGCCUCUAUGGAUGGCCCCAAACCUCAUCACCAUAGUGGGACUCGCUACCAAUAUUAUCACGACUCUGAUACUGGUGUAUUACUGCCCAACUGCCACCGAACAGGCACCAACGUGGGCAUACUUAGCCUGUGCUCUGGGUCUGUUCAUCUACCAAUCAUUGGAUGCCAUAGAUGGGAAGCAGGCAAGACGGACCAAUAGCAGCACACCUCUGGGCGAGCUCUUUGACCACGGUUGUGACUCUCUCUCUACAGUGUUUGUGGUCCUUGGCACAUGUAUAGCAGUUCAGCUGGGUACCCACCCUGACUGGAUGUUCUUCUGUUGUUUUGUGGGCAUCUUCAUGUUUUAUUGUGCCCACUGGCAAACAUAUGUUUCUGGAACGCUGCGCUUUGGCAUAAUUGAUGUGACUGAGGUGCAGAUCUACAUUAUAAGCUUGUACUUACUGGCUGCAUUUGGGGGAACAGCUUUUUGGCAAUCUGUGAUCCCUGUGAUAAAUAUCCAGAUAAAAAUAAUACCCGCCCUUUGCACUCUUAUGGGUGCCAUAUUUUCCUGCACAAACUACUUCAGGGUUAUAUUCACAGGUGGAAUGGGUAAAAACGGAUCCACCAUUGCAGGAACAAGUGUGUUAUCUCCGUCCUUCCAUAUAGGAGUGCUUAUUACACUUGCUCUAAUGAUCUAUAAGAAGUCCUCGGUGCAGCUCUUCGAGAAACAUCCCUGUCUGUACAUCUUAGCAUUUGGGUUCGUCUCAGCCAAACUCACCAACAGACUGGUGGUUGCUCAUAUGACAAAAAGUGAAAUGCAUCGUAAUGAUUUGGCCUUCCUUGGACCAGCGCUGCUGUUCCUGAAUCAGUACUUCAACAGUUUCAUUAAUGAAUACUGUCUUCUCUGGGUCGCUCUGGUGCUGUCAGGAUUUGACCUGGUGCGGUACUGUGUGAGUGUAUGUAACCAGAUUGCCACACACUUAAACAUCUGUGUCUUCAGUAUCCAGCCUCCAUCUCCUUCCACACUUCAGCCAGACAGCAGAAAUCACCACUAACAGCUCGUCACCUGUUCCUUCAACCCCUCCUCCAGUAGGUCACGUACUUGAGUGAAUGUGAAACGCAACUAACAGAGACACAGCCCAGAUGGCUGCAGUAAUGAACUUUGCUAUUAUGUGGGUUUUCAUAGUGAAGAGAGAAUUAUUUGAAGGACGAAAGGGAAUUAUUAAAAAGAACAUACCCACGUGUGUUACUCCAUUCGGUUCUCAGUGUUACGUUUGGAAAGUUUGUUUGCAAAAGAAUAUCUGCCACAGAAAAGAAUGUGCAAAGAUAUGCUAUAUUUCACAGUUGUAAUGUAUUUUUUUUAUUUAGAUUGACCAGUUUUGGCAUUUGACAUAUGCACACAUCCAUCUGAAAGUGUUAAGACAUCAUUACGGAACGCUAUAGGUGUUAAGAAUUUUGCAGCUUAAAUGAUAAUCUGUGAGACUCUUAAAGGGAUACUUCACCUUAAAAAUAAAAAUUCUGUCAUAAUUUACUCACCCUCGUGUUGUUCCAAACCCAAAUUGCUUUAUUUUGUCCAUGGAACAUGCAGGGAGAGGUUAAGCAGAAUGUUAACCUCAGUCACCAUUAACUUUCACUGUAUGGAAAGAAGAGCCAUGCCGACAUUCUUCAGUAUUUAUCUUGUAUUCAACGGAAGUAAGUUAGUUAUACAGGUAUGGAACGAUAUGAGAGUGGGAGAUGAUUCUCACAAAACCUGUCAAGAAAAUGUCCUGGUCCUAUUUUACUUUAAAAUCAAAACCAACAAGAAAUUAUAUUUUUCAUGAACAAAAAACAUUAAGGACCAUUAACAUUUUUACAUUAUUGUUGACUGUAUGUGCAUUUUAAGCAGUUCUUAUUACCGAAACACGAAAAGGAUGGUCAGUAUGAUAUUGUCAUUACCGCAAUGUGAAAAAAUUAUAUACAGUAUUAUUUAAGUUGUAAAGUCAUAAUACAUACAUCAUAGUAGUACGCCCUUAGUAUUGCCUUUUAUUUUUGCUGAUUUUAAUUUUUAAAAUCAUUGUACAACAGCAUCUUUUUUACAGUAAUGAGAAUCGUCAUUGAAAACAAUUGGAAUAGUAGAAUUAAACGUCUGGACGUAUUACGGUAAUGAGAACUGGGGAGUAAAAUAAUGUCACAAUGCAAAAAAAUGUAUGGUCUUAAAUGCAGGCUUAAUUUUCUUUAUGCAAAAUAUAAUUUUUUGUUUAGGGGUUAAAUAUGACCAGAACAUUUUCUUGACAGAUUUUGUGAAGAUGUCCCUUAUUUUUUAGUGGUGGGGGGGGGGGUCGAACUGAACUAUCCCUUUAACUUGGCCAGUACAAGUGACUGUUGCCCAUACAAAACAGUGGUGUUGUCUUUUGACAAAAUGCAGCCAGUGAGGUAAGAGCUAAAAUCACAGGAUUUUUUUUUUUUUUUUUUUUUUUUUUUGACAAGAAAAACAGCCAGAGGAGUUUCCAUUACAGAAGUGCAAGAAAACAAUUUUACAUUUUCAAAUUUUGAUUAUAUAAAACCUAUUCAUAAGGCUCUCAUCUAUUCAGUCAGUAAAAAUCUACACAGUAUAAAUGUAUAAUUUUUCUUUCUAUGCAUAUGCUUUUCUUCAUCUACUGGUGUUUUGGAGAUUAUUAUUAUUUUAGGAAUGCCCAUGAAUCUAAAUGAAAAAAACUAUAUUAGUAACAGGAUUUUGAUUGUGCCAUAAUUUUCCAUAUGAUCACUGGGGCCAAGAUAGGAGAUAAAAGUCUAGAAUGGUUAUAUGCGAGUUAGAUUACACCGUACAUAAUAUGAACCCUUUAUUAUGGAUAACAUGAACGUAAAAAAUCUAUUUGUGGUCUAAAUACCUUACAUAACUGUGCGACUUUUGUGCCUUUUAUUUUUCAGUGUCGGUUUAAUCCUCUAUGCACAGUAAAAGUUGGGCUCAGCAAUUUUGUUCAUUUUUCACUCCAGUCUAAGUUGUCUCACGUAAUUUGUAUUUUGUUUCUAAGUGAAUUCUGUUCAUAGUACCAUUCAUAUUCCUGCAUGUUAUGUUAAUGUCAUUGAGUUCAAAAAGCGUAAUCAGUCAUAUCAGUCAGCCACAACAUUAAAACCACCUACCUAAUAUUGUGUAGGUCCCCCUCGUGCUGCUAAAAUAGCACCAACUCGCAUCUCAGAAUAGCAUUCUGAGAUGCUAUCCUUCUCACCAUAAUUGUACAGAGCGGUUAUCUGAGUUACCAUAGACUUUCAGUUCGAAACAGUCUGGCCAUUCUCCGUUGACCUCUCUCAUCAACAAGGCGUUUUCAUCUGCAGAACUGCCGCUCACUGGAUGUUUUUGGCACCAUUCUGAGUAAAUUCUAGAGACUGUUGUGCGUGAAAAUCCCAGGAGAUCAGAAAUACUCAAACCAGCCCAUCUGGCACCAACAACCAUCCAUGCAGUUAUCUAAUCAGCCAGUCGUGUGGCAGCAGUGCAUAAAAUCAGCAGAUACGGGUCAGGAGCUUCAGUUAAUAUUCACAUCAACCAUCAGAAUGGGGAAAGAUUUUUAUCUCAAUGAUUUGAACCAUGGCAUGAUUGUUGGUGCCAGGUGGGCUAGUAUGAGUAUUUCUGUAACUGCUGAUCUACUGGGAUUUUCACGCACAACAGUCUCUAGAAUUUACUCAGAAUGGUGCCAAAAACUAGAAACAUCCAGUGAGCGGCAGUUCUGUGGACGGAAAUGCCUUGUUGUUGAGAGAGAUCAACAGAGAAUGGCCAGACUGGUUCGAACCAACGAAGUCUGUGGUAACUCAGAUAACCGCUCUGUACAGAAGAAUAUCAUCUUAGAAUGCUAUUCUGAAAUGCAGGUUGGCACUGUUUUGGCGGCACGAGGGGGACCUAAACAAUGUUAGGCAGGUGGUUUUAAUGUUGUGGCUGAUCGGUGUAUGAUUACAUUGAUCUGUUACAUUAGUUUUCUUCAUUCAUGCUCUUUUUUUGUAUAGCAAACUAAAGGACAUUAAUUCUACAGGUCCACAUUGUGAGCUUCCAUGGAUAAAAUAUAAAAAGAAUGGCCAGAGUCAUGUAUAUUUCUCAAAAUUUUCAUUGUUUUGCAUCUACCUCUGAGCACUUAUAUAAUGAGACUUUUAUUGGAAAUGUUUUUAAUCCUGUUGUGAAUUUGCUAAUGUUAUUUAAGUGGGUUUUUCAUGUAUUUAUGUUACUCCUCUCUUUUAAAACGCCAUCCGUUCACAGGGGCCGAUCUAAGGUCAACCAAUGCUGCAAUACACAUCUAAAUAAAGAAACUGAUGUCUGCCACUGCAACUAAUUUACAUGUAUCAUUUGUAUCUUUGCCAGAAUUUUGUUGUUCUGUUGAUUUACAGCAAAUACCUUUGUAAUAGACUAAUGGACAUAAAAUAAAGAUUAUUAUAUUUAUGUUAACAGA